UCCUCACUUCUCCAUUCUAUCUUUCCCUUGUUAGGGCCUAGCAGGUUCAUGAGCCUUUUUCUGACAUCAUCAAAUUAAGUAAAUCUGAUUAAAGAACCUUUUUAACUGAGUUUUCAAAUUUCGCCAUCAUGCAUCAUUAGCCUGUUUCCUUAUCUUUCCUGCUAUCCUAUGAAAACGUUUGAAUCACAUUUGGUAAAAAUGCUUGAAAAAGGGCGAGUAAUUAUCUAACUAGACUACAAAUACAAAUUAUGUUUAAAAAGUAACAUUUUCAUUACAUAAGGCCUUGGCUGAAAGCUUAAUUUUUUUGCUCUUAAGCUAUAAUGCUUAUUAUGUAUUUAACAUUUCCUAUAGUGACGAAAAUUACAGCUGCCAAAAUUUUGGUUUCUUUAUAGUGCAUUUGGAUCCUUUUCUUUACCCUAGAACUCAAAAAAAUUUUGUUGUAUUUUAAACUCCCAAGUAGGUUUUGUCUGAACACCUAGCAUGGACGAAAGCAACAGUGUUUUCAGUAAUUUUGUAGGAAUAUUUUUCAAACUACUCUCUGAGCAGAAUUUUUUUUUGAAUAUGAGAAAUAUAGUUAAAAUAAUUUGGUGAUAAUUAAAAAGCCAAAACAUGGCAUUUGUUUUGAGAUUGAGAGAAAAUAUUGAGAUACAGCACUUGCUUUUAUAAGGUGGGUCAGCCUUAUCAAUGUACCAGGGUAUUUUUGUACUUCAGUUGUCAGUAUUUCAUCUGCCAGCAAAUCUCCUUCCAUUGGACUGGAACUAAUGUCAUGCCAUUGGCAAAUUUGCCUACUUUCCUUUUAUCUUUAGAACACUCUUGAUAGUAAAAGUCCAGCAGUUUUUCUAUUUUACUCAGCAAAUCUCAGCUGACAACCAUAGGAUGCACAGCUGGGAAAACUCCAUGCCCCUGAGGAAUAUGGAAAGAUGCAAUAAAAAAUUAGACUUCCCAGUUAUUGUAGCACUUUCUUGGUGGCUUAAAGCAGACUAAAUAGUUUCUGACAUUACACCCAUAUACCUGUCCAAGUGUGAAUAGAAAUGCACCAAUUAUUGAGUGACUAUCAAGACAUUUUUAAGUUGGGAUUUUUAAUGUGCAGAUAGGCAAUGUACAUACUCUGCAAGUGGAAAAAAGGCUGUUUUGCAAUACAUUAUCACGUUUUUUGUGAACUACAACCAACCAAGGUAAUCAUAUUUAAUUAGGACCAAAAUGGGCUACACAUUUCACUGUUUUUCUCUGGUUUACAGUCAUAUUUCAUAAAUGGAAGCAACAAAGUUUUAGAAAAUACUCUUUUACCGGUAGUUUUUAAAGCUCUUUGACAAAAGCAAUUUUAUCAUUUAAGGAACAACUUUUUGUGGCAGCAGUUUUUCCUUACAGCUUUGCAUAUCAGGAGAUGCAAGCUUUACAGUUGUGCCUGAUCCGAUGCUAUUUUCUUUUCAGGCUUCUUUUAUCAUUUCGCAUUAUCAUUGCCUUUUCAAACUUUAAACAAACAAUCUGAUUAGCUUAUAACCUUUUUAAUCCUUUUUGUCCUGGUGUUUUGAAUUGUUUUCUUUAAGAAUGCCUCAUAACUUUAUCUGAAAACCUUUUGUUAUCAUUUGGUUUGAUUAUUUUAUCAAAUUAGAGUUUUUAUUUAAAAUUUUAAAGGAAAAGUGCUACUUUAAAAUGCAUUUGUGCUUGUAAAUCAGCGGUUCUAAAUGGGUUACCAUGGCUAAAUAAUGUAUGGUAUUAUGUCCUAGGAUAUGUUGUUGGGUAGCCUCUAAGUAAAGAAACCAGAAGAAUAAAGGCAAAAUGAAACACGACCAUAAGCUUGCAUUUCAUUGGCUUAAAUUCCACUAUUAUCACAGGCUGUGAUAGUAUAAAUCUCAUAACUGUGUUCUUUGAAGUUAUUGAAGAAGAAAGUGUCAAUAAAUCUUUUUAUUUUUGUAACAAGAUGUCAUGCCAAAUUACAUCCCUUCUGAAAAAGGUUAGAUUGAGCUUUUUAUCUCCAAACCAAAUUGGAUUAACUUGUAUGGAAACUUUAUGGAAAAUUUAUUAAGGUAAAAGACCUUGAUAAAACAUUAAUACAUUGAAUUUUGCUUUCUUGCCAGCAGAUAGAACUCAUGUUAAAUAAAAUAGUUGAAUGAUAAUAGCAUUAAGCAUGGAACUCGGAGUUGCAACUUAGAGCCACACUGCUCUAUCUACCAAAGCGUGAGAGAAAUCAAAUGUUUCAGUUCAUGAUUACAUCCUUUAGUGAUUAAAAACAAUUUUUAAUCAAUUAAGGAGAAUUAUGUCAUCAGCUGCCUUAAAUAGUAGUGAACAGGCAGUGCCGUUGGUUGAUAAUAAGCAACAGAAAACUGCAGAGAUUCAAGAGGGUCAUUUGUCACUAUUGAAUGCAGUGGUUAUUGGAUCUUUUUUGUUGUCAAAUGUAUUGUUCUCCUAUACAAUUGACAACAACGAAUGCACGAGGUCACUCUCAAAGCAUUGAUUAACAGCAAAGGGUCGCUUUAAUUGUUAAUGUUUUGAACCUAGAUAAAUUGUUAUAAAGAUUUUAACAGAACCUGCAGCUUAUUUCUUAUCAUCAAUCAGAGAACAAAACCCGCAGGGACUCUCAUAAAGAAAAAAAAACGCGACAUUGUUGGAUGUGAUAUCAUCCCGAAAGUUCAGAUCACUCCUUUUCAUUGGUUUGAUCUAGCUUUUUAUGUCAGUCUUGUAGUUGAAAACACCAUGCUUGGUCGAUCAAAGACACAUCAUUCCUAGGCGUGUCUCUGGCCCCGAAUUUUUCGCAGCACAUAAUGUGUAGCACUGGUUUUGCUGAGAUCAUUUUGAUCAAGUUGUUUCAAGAAUUUCCAUUGUAGGCAGUAAGAUGGAAGCUUCUGCUGUCCGUCCAAUAGCGAACUGUUCCAUACGCUUUCAGUUGCACUGCUUAAGAUAAUUACGCCACUGAUUACGUUAUAGCAAAGCGUUUGACAGCAUUAUUCCGCAGAGUUGGCGGAAUCCUCCAAAUAUUUAUCUGAUUUGUUAUUUCAUUUGUAUAGAUAUUGAUUUGAUAAGACGACAUUCUUUUUCAUUGCAGUAGGUGAGGAUUUUGGUUUUGUUGCUAUGGCGUGGUAUUUAGAAUACACACAAGUAUUAACUUCAUUUACCAUGACCCAGUAGCAACAAACUCCAUUUACCACGACCAGGUUGCUUGAAAUCUCUUAGGCUAAGUGAGAAAUCAUAUUGUCAAGUUAGAAAUUUCAUGCAAUUUAUCACCGAGACGUUUAAUUAAUUUGAAGGAAUUCUUAAGACCUUUUCUUAGCACAACCUUGAGAACUAUAUUUGCCUUAGAUUCAGCUGCCAUGACUUUUUAUCAAAUAUAAACUUAGCCGGGUUAUGCAGUUUGUUUUUCGCUGCUAGUAAUUUAAUUCACGUUUCAAAACUAUAUCGUUUUUCCAGAAUUGAGUAUCACGUUUAAAACAAUUUACUGUCACUAAUGUCACUAACCGUUUAAUGCUUUCUCCCUUAGUUUGUCAUGACAUAAAAAACCUAGAAUACUCGCAGUGGUUUCUUUCACUCAAUAACUUCAGCCUUUUUUCUUGCAAAUUUUCAAUAGUUUAAAAGUAGCUUGGUUAACUGGACUUGUUUCUGACGUUUUUUCAGUGAUUGUGGCAUGCUAUGACAAAGAACAUGAAAUCUGUUUGUUAAAACAUCAUACUGCAUGAAAAUAAAAAAACACUGUUAACUUCUCCUAGCGUAAAAAGACAGUUACAGUUACGCAUGCCUUUGUCACUUUAAUUUCAGGUCUCUCGUUGUGACCGGGAGCCGUUUACGUGGGAAGUCUUUAGAGAUGUUCAAGAUAAACGGGUCUUCAAGGACUUUUCUCAAAAGGAUUUCUGUCAAAGGAGCGCAAGAUCUUUUCGGUGUAAAACACCGCCAGAUUUGAUGUAUUUUGUGUUUCUAGGAUAAAAAGUAAAGGGAUCCUGCUACAAGAUUCUUUUUGUACUGUGCUACAGAACUGCUGUCUUGUAUAUCAACAUAGCAUUAUGCAGGAAGUCUCAAUCGUGCUUAUCCUCCACAGUAUAGGAAAGUUUGUUGAAGAGAUUUCCUUGGGAAAAGUUCCGUUUACUUCUUUAGUGUGUACAGAUUUUCGCCCCUUUGUAACGGUUUCCAAUGUAAUGUUGGAAGGAAGGUUGUAAAGCAACCAACUCAAUCAAGUCGCAGUUGUUGUUGUGUAGGGGAGUCUUUGUGUAGGGGAGUCUUUGUUAAGGGGAGUUAUGAACGGUCUAGAGAAAGAAAAUAUGAAUUUUGAAUGCCGAUUAUUAGAAUAAGCAUGAUAAAUUCGUUUUUCUGAGAUCGCUACGCUGUCUAUUGGCCUAUAUUUUUAAGAUCAAGCCUUUUUUAAGAAGGUAGCAUAUGCUUUGUUAGUCUCGCUCUCAUUAAUGCGCGUGUUUUAUCGUAGGCAGACCUUACUAUUCUUUCUUUCGCCUUUUUAGUACUGCACUUAGCAUUCAAUUUGUUUCUGUUUAUCUUUGAUGUUUGGUAGAGCUUACAUUUAUUAACGUGCAUCAGUAUGAAAGUGUUAAUUUCGUUGCUUUUUCAAGCGACGCAGGUCACAACCGCUUUCAGUCGGCCCUCUUUGUGUAAAUUGGUUUGUUUCCCACAGCGUAAGAAGCUAUGAGAAGAUUUAUAAUUGUAUUUGAUAAUUUCUUAGGGUGUGCAUAGUUCUGGAAUCCUGACUUUGCUUUUUUCUUUGAUGUGUUAUUAAGGGAAACACUUUACUCCUAGUCAGUAAACUACAUCGGGUAAUUUUUUCGAUUCAAUUAUUGGCUAAUUUUGAAUGACGACGCACCGUAUUUAAUUAUUUAACACCAUAUCAGAAGAAGAUUUGACUUCGGUCCUCUUCUUAUCUGUAACUGGUCCCAGCAUAAAGAGCGGAACAAAAGAAGUGGGAUCUUCAGGCGCUAGAAUUAACCUUUGCUGUUUAUUUGAGAAUUUUUUACCUAAAACCCUUGUGUAUGAAAUGCAAGAAAACUUCGCCCCUGCUCGUCAUGGCGUCAAAUUUUAGCAUACCAUGCUUAUUUAUUAACGAAUCUCUCAAGAUGGCUGCUACUCGCUGAAAUUGUCUCAUUUCCUGCUCGUUAAAGCUUGAACUUUUGCCAGUAUAGUUAACUGUACGGUUGCAAAACGCAAUGCAGUUUCGUCUAUGUCUUUUUCACAUCUGUAUGAUCAGUAUCGCAUCGCAAGGUUCCUUUCAUAUUGUUUGUCAACGGCGGGCCAUGAAAUGCAUCGUUGAGCCGUUCAGGAAUGCUGCAUAGAGAGAAGUUUUAAAACAAAUGAACCAGCUUGCUGUCCGUAGAGAUCUGAUACGGGGAAAUCACUGGUAAAAGAAACCAGUUAUUGUCUUUGAGUAUUAAUCGUGCCAUUCGAAUGACGUUUUGCUUCUUAAUAAGCCAAAUUAUAACGAUUCCUUUCACUCACUUGUCUACUGUUUCGUCCGAAUAUUUAUCAGCUUCACCCUUUAUUUUGCUUAAUAGGAUCUGUUCCUUUAAUCCUGGAAUAAAAGCUAGUCCGUGUUUUAGCUUGAAACCGACUUUCAAUCACAUAGUUCUACCCAUGUUUAUAUUUACAUUGUUACGAGCGAAUGAUAUACCUGGUUUUGCUGAAGUCUAACCAGUUGUAAGGAAACCAACGCGUGCAUAGUUGUUAUUGUUACUGCGAUUUCGAUCACAGUCAAGUUCCUGGUGGCUUUGGAAACAGUCAUGCAUACUAGAGCCCGAAUGGAAUGGCGAUUUAGCGCGUUCGUUGUGCGGAGGUGCCAUGCUGCAAAACGCUGUUGCUGAACGCUAUAAGAUGGGUUAUCAUGCUACUCGCCAGAACCCCUUCAAGCCAAACCCAACUAGUCGUAUGCAAAGGUACCCCGUACUGCUGCUUCAAGGUCGUGGUAUCUCCAAGAGCAGUAUAGACAGUUUACAGCCGCUACCCGAACGUCCUGAAGAACAGGUUCGCCUGGCAUACUAUGGCAAAUUGCCUUCUACAAAGCAAGACAGCUUGGAUGCUUCAGAUUUCGAAUACAGAGGACUUGAGUCCCCAUUACCCCUUGAUAAAGAGAGUGAAUGCUUACGGGAAAGCCUCGAUUCUAGCAGAGACCAAUCGGAGCUGUCAGACAGCAACACGUGGUCUGUAUGCACGGGCAAUUUAACUGGCAGAAGCAGCGUGUACAGCUGGGGAAAUGAUGAUGAGUUUGACAGACAAGCGUCUGCAACUGUCCGGCAAAUGUUCGACGAGAUUGACGAACUGCUUUUUGAAGAAAACGAAUCCAAAGAAAAUGACCCUUUGACAUUAGAGUGCAAAGAAUGGUCGACGAAUUUUCAUCAUAUGAGGGUAGUCGGCAGCCAACUGCUGUCACCAGACGACACUGGAACACAGUUCAUUGUCACAAGCGAAAAGGACAGAGUUGGCCCUUAUAUGCGACCAGAUACCGCGAUAACUGCCAUUUCUCUUGAUGACGUCACGGCUGAGACACUCGCUGCUACUUUCAACGGACUUUCUUUAAGCGGGCAGAGAAUCGAACCUGCAAUACCGCCUUCGAUGCAUUCGAGUAUAAAUUCAGAAGAUAAUCAUUCUAAUCCAUAUUCACAUUUGGAAGAAGAAAUUUACGCGGCAGAUGGCGACCUAGAAGAAUAUUUUGCCUAUGAUACCGAAUUUGUCGAGCCAUGGGAUACAGCUAAGGACGAAAGGAAAAGCAAGAGGAACAAGCAGUGUGGUUACCCCCCGGUCACCCCACAUGCCUCUGCCACUGACAGUCUCAUCAGUGAAGCAUUCGAUCGCCUUUGGAUUGAGGCUGUGCAAAGCCUUCGAGCGUUGCUGCUUCUGUUUACUGAGAGGUCGUCAGGGGAAUACGCAAAGUCCCUACUGCCGGCUCAAGUUCGACAAAGCGAAAAUUCAUCGGUCCGGACAUUUUCCAGAGAUUCUUCCUUCCGGACGGGUAAUUUCUCCUCUCAGUUUGGAUUCAAGUCAUUUUAUGGUGCUCCUCCACACAUCUCUGAUGCGAUGGGCCUAAAUGAAUUGAUGCUGAUUAGGUCGUUGUCGUUACGACACCGAGAUUCAACGGCUUCUACCAUGGCGCCUAGAGAUGAAGACUACUCCGCCCCUAUGUCCAGCCACGAACAGUUCAGGCCAGUCUCGAGUAAUUUCCCGAUCACAAAAGGUUUCCAUAACAACAUUGGUAUGCACCAAUCGGACCACCAACUGUACGGAAAGAUGGCGACUGCAAAAGCCUAUAAGAGAUCAGGAAGGCUUCAACCGCUGCAACCAAUGGAUCGCAUUAAAACGCCAGGAACUCUGCAGGACAAUGACGUCAUCGGAGAAAUGGUCAUCGGUACGAGGCUUCAUACUGCUGGAGAUCACAGGGCACCAAUCAACAACUUGCCAGCUUUUUCUCCGCAGUUAUGGGGUGCGAAAAAUGGAGCUUUGCCGCCAAUAGAGAGACCGGAUUCGGCGGAAACAUUGUCAAGUUUAGCGAAAGACCAAACAAGAAGUCCGAAGCAACGUCAACAUGUUUUUAAUAAGAGGGCAUCGAGUGCAGCAACCAAUGAGACAAGGCGUACUUCUCAUCGUGAAAAGGUUGCUGUGUUCCCAGACUCAAGACCGAAUACAACACACACAUUUCGCUCGGACACACCAGCGAGUGAAACUGCAAAGCGACUCCAAACUCAAGAGAAAACGUCGAACCUAUCUACCGGGAACCAUUUCCCAACUUCGGCGUCAGAGCCUAACGAAAAUUCUAUUGGAAUGAUACAGGGUGUCAGUCUAGCCCUUGGGACACAUCACCAAUCGACAAAAACUGUUUCGUUUGAAGAAGACGUCGAGGAGUUUAAUAAUUUUGCCACUUGGGGAAGCGGAACGCCAUUAUUGCAUCAACAUCACCAGAAACGACGACGAACUAAUGUGAGGUAGCAUGAGAACAAUUUUCAAUUCGAGAAGCUGAAAUGAUAUUUAGUGUACAUAUAUAGGAAAUAAUUUUAAGGGGUUGCUUGCCGAAUAGAUCUAUUUAACGUAGGUGAAUGACAAACAGUUAGAGAAGUGCGUGCUUUUGAAGCAUAAACUUAUUGAUUCCCGCUACUGCUAGAAACAGGAUACCCAACGAGCGAGCCUACACGAUGCUAAACAGGCGUAUGAUCCAUAGUUAUGUCUUUCCAUUCUGUCUCUUCUCUUCAAAUUUGGAACAAACUUUCAGUGAAAACUUUCAAAAGAAUUCACUUCAAAAUGUAAGAUCACCAUUAGUCGAUUCUUUUUGGUCUCUUCUCUUUGGGCCCUGCGCGACUAGUAAUGCAGAAAACAUGGAAAGUUAAAUAAUGGUUAAUCUUUUGUAAAUAAAUGUAAAAUGGAAGUUAUCAUAACUAGCCAAAAAUUAAUUGAAGAUCUAAUUAAAGGUCGAAGUCUUUUAUGGACAAAAGUUUGUCAAAGCGUUUCUCUGUUUAAGAAUUGUAUCAUAUGUCGAGGAUUGUAUUUUCGGAUAUUUAAUCUUUAAUUUAUAAAUUGUUCGUGAAAUAUCUUGCAGAAAAGAAAAAUAUGAA